AUGGUGGCCAAGAUUGAGAACGGGGAGAACACCGCUGUUACAGAUAGAGGCUUCGACCUUCACAAUGGAAUGUCCUUCUCUGCUCAUGACAAGGACCAAGACAGAUGGGUGAAAGGAAACUGUGCUGAAGAAUCUGGAGGAGGAGGUGGUUGGUGGUAUAAAAAAUGUCACUCUAUUAAUUUGAAUGGAAAGGUGACUACUUCCGACAGAAGUAAUCUCUUAGAAAUGAGAUAUUUCGAUGGUAAUGAAGUCAGAAUGAUGUCAACCAGUGAGAUGAAAAUUAUCCGUGUUGAUAAUUGA